AUGUCUGUCGAUAUGAACAGUCAAGGAUCAGACAGCAAUGAAGACUACGACCCUAAUUGUGAGGAGGAGGAAGAGGAGGAAGACGACGACCCGGGAGAUAUAGAAGAUUACUAUGUUGGGGUUGCCAAUGACGUGGAGCAACAGGGUGCAGACUCAUUUGACCCAGAGGAAUACCAGUUCACCUGUCUGACUUACAGGGAAUCGGAGAGUGCGCUCAAUGAGCAGAUGGCGAACUUGGCUUCCAUGCUGCAGGUCUCUCAUUCUGUGGCAAAACUCAUCCUAGUUCACUUUCAUUGGCAAGUCUCAGAAAUUAUAGAACGGCAUAAAAUGAAUUCUGCGCAGUUGUUGGUUGAUGCCAGGGUUCAGCCAUCAUCGUCUAAACAUGUAAUGGCACAUUCCUCCCAUCACUGCGCGGUGUGCAUGCAGUUUGUCCGGAAGGAGAACCUGCUGUCCUUGGCCUGUCAGCAUCCAUUCUGCCGCAGCUGUUGGGAGCAGCACUGCACAGUUCUGGUGAAGGACGGGGCCGGUGUGGGGAUUUCCUGCAUGGCCCAAGACUGCUUGCUCCGAACGCCAGAAGAUUUUGUGUUUCCUUUACUGCCUAAUGAGGAGCUAAAAGACAAAUAUAAGCGUUAUCUCUUCAGGGACUAUGUGGAGAGCCACUACCAGUUACAGCUUUGCCCCGGUGCAGACUGUCCUAUGGUCAUACAGGUUCAGGAGCCAAAGGCUCGGCGAGUGCAGUGCAACAGGUGCAGCGAGGUCUUCUGCUUCCGCUGCCGCCAAAUGUAUCACGCUCCCACAGAUUGCGCUACCAUCCGGAAAUGGCUGACAAAGUGUGCGGAUGACUCAGAAACUGCAAACUACAUCAGUGCUCACACUAAAGAUUGUCCCAAGUGCAAUAUUUGUAUUGAAAAAAAUGGAGGUUGCAAUCACAUGCAAUGUUCGAAAUGCAAGCAUGACUUUUGCUGGAUGUGCCUUGGUGACUGGAAAACACACGGCAGCGAGUAUUAUGAGUGCAGUCGAUACAAAGAGAACCCCGAUAUUGUAAACCAGAGUCAACAGGCCCAGGCUAGAGAAGCCCUCAAGAAAUAUCUCUUCUACUUCGAGAGGUGGGAGAAUCACAAUAAAAGUCUGCAGCUGGAAGCCCAGACCUACCAGCAAAUUCAAGAAAAGAUCCAGGAGCGGGUCAUGAACAACCUCGGCACCUGGAUUGACUGGCAGUACUUACAGAAUGCUGCCAAGCUGCUGGCAAAGUGCCGAUACACCCUGCAAUACAACCUAUCCCUAUGCUUACUACAUGGAGUCAGGCCCCAGAAAGAAGCUUGUAAGUAUAAG